AAAUUUUGCAGAAAUACUGUAGAAAGAAGCAAAGAGGCAAAGAGGCGAAGAAGAUGUGAAAAGGUUCCUACCAAGAGUAUAUAUUUCAUCUUCAAGACAGCAACUUUCUCUUCCUGGGUCCAGCUUGGAAAUUGGUGUUUGUGUAGAUUUUUUUAUGAAAAUGGCAACAAAGCCAUUGAACAACAUUUGGAUUAGACGACAGCAAUGUCCAUGUGGAGACUGGAAGUGUUAUAUUGUAUAUGAGGGAGAUGAUCAGACAACAUUAGGGUCUCAGCUAGUAAAGAGUGAGACAUCGUCUUCAUCCUUAGAAGCUGUUUUCACUCCUUAUGUUGGUCAGAUUUUUAAAAGUGAUGAUGAAGCAUUUGAGUACUACAGCAACUUUGCUAGGAAGAACGGGUUUUCAAUUAGGAAAGCGCGCUCAACUGAAAGCCAAAGUUUAGGGAUUUAUAGAAGAGAUUUUGUUUGCUACCGUUCUGGGUUUAACCAGCCAAGGAAAAAGACCAAUGUGGAGCAUCCCAGAGAUCGAAAAUCAGUACGAUGUGGAUGUGAUGCAAAAUUGUACUUGACAAAGGAAAUUGUUGAUGGUGUUACGCAAUGGUAUGUUUCACAGUUCAGUAAUGUUCAUAACCAUGAACUGUUGGAAGAUGAUCAAGUGCGUCUACUUCCUGCGUAUAGAAAAAUACAGGAGGCUGAUCAAGAACGCAUUCUUUUACUCUCUAAAGCUGGGUUUCCGGUGAAUCGGAUUGUGAAGGUGUUGGAACUAGAAAAGGGAGUUCAACCAGGACAGUUGCCCUUUAUAGAGAAAGAUGUUAGGAAUUUUGUUAGGACGUGUAAAAAAACUGUUCAGGAGAACGACACUUUGCUCACUGAGAAAAGAGAAAAUGACCUGAUGGAACUUCUUGAGGCUUGCAAAGUUACUGUUGGGAGAGAUGAGGGAUUUGUUUAUAGUUUCACUACAGAUGAAAAUGGUAAAAUUGAAAACAUUGCAUGGUCAUAUGGGGAUUCUGUUCGUGCAUUUUCAGUGUUCGGCGAUGUAGUUACUUUUGACACUACAUAUCGCUCUAUCACCUACAACAUGCUCCUCGGGGUGUGGUUUGGUAUUGACAAUCAUGGCAAGGCAAUUUUCCUGGGGUGUGUUCUGCUACAAGAUGAGACUUCUCAAUCAUUUACAUGGGCAUUACAGAGUUUUGUUCGAUUUAUGGGAGGAAGACAGCCUGAGACUAUCAUUACUGAUAUAGAUUCAGGGCUUCGAGAUGCUAUAGCCAUUGAGUUGCCAAAUACUAAACAUGUUAUAUGUAUAUGGCAAAUUCUUUCCAAAGUAUCUAGUUGGUUCUCUUUGCCACUCGGACCUCGAUAUGAUGAAUUUAAAUCUGAGUUUGAUAUUUUGUGUCAUCUGGAAAAUAUAGAGGAUUUUGAGCAUCAAUGGAAUCAUCUUGUUGCUCAGUAUGGUCUUGGUUCAGAUAAACACAUUGCUCUGCUCUUUUCAUAUCGAGCAUCCUGGCCAUUUUCCUACAUCAGAGGUUUCUUUCUGGCUCGUGCAAUGACAGCCGAGUAUUCAAAAACAGUGGAUACAUUUUUGAAGAAUAUUUUGAGUGGACAAACAUGUCUGCAGUUUUUCUUUGAACAGGUCUGUAUUGUUGCCAACUUUGGGAAUCAGAGCAGAGAAGAGCUGCUGUAUAUGCCCAUUAAGACAUGCCUGCCUAUUGAGGAACAUGCACGUAGUAUUCUUACACCUUACGCUUUCAAUGUAUUACAGCAUGAAAUUGUGCUAUCUAUGCAGUAUGCAACAACAGAAAUGGCGAAUGGUUCAUAUCUUGUGAGGCACUAUAAGAAAAUGGAAGGAGAGUGUCUUGUGAUUUGGAUACCAGAAGAUGAGCAAGUUCACUGUUCUUGUAAGGAAUUUGAACAAUCUGGCAUUUUGUGCAGGCAUUCUCUUCGAGUACUUGUAAUAAAGAACUACUUUCAAAUCCCAGAAAAAUAUAUUCCCCUUCGAUGGCGACUGGAGAGUUCCUUAUUCCCUAUGGAUGAUCAAAUUAUGCGAAGCAGUAGUGAUGAGUGUUCUCAAGCCUUCCAUUCUCUCACUGCAACUCUAUUUUCAGAAUCAUCAAUCUCCAAGGGACGUUUAAAUUUUGUUAAUGGAGAACUUAUACAUAUUCUUGGGAAUGUUCGAAAUAUGCCAGUUGUUGAUGAAGUUAAUUUGAGUUUAGCACCCAAUAAUGUCGGUGAAUCCUAGAUUUGUAAUGUAUUGCAUGGUGUGUCAUGUAACUGCACUCGGGGGCCUUAUUUUUAAAAAUUGUAGGGAACUGCAAAAGAUGAAAUUAGGCGUCGAAGGCGCCAAAUGAUAAGUAUAUACUAUUCUUUCGCUUU